GUCACUCACCGACACACAUGCAUAUAUCCCUAACACACUUCCCCACACACCCACUGUGGAUCUGUUGAGUCGGUGCAUGUGGCGUGUCUUCCUCUAGCAGAUGAAUAUGCUCUGUUGGGAGUUGUGCUUGGCGAUGGUUUUUAUUGGGGUCCUACCAGUCAGAAGUAUACCUUCAACAAAUAUCAAGAUCACUCAUGCUCUUCCCCUGCAGUUGCCAGACUCGCAACCUCCAGCUUCCUGUCCGCUGUUCUGGACCGAGUUUGAAGGGAACUGCUACCGCUUCUUCCCCCUCAACAGAACCUGGGCCGAGGCUGACCUGUACUGCGCCGAGUUCUCCAACGGCCUCAAGUCAGCCAAACUCACCUCCAUACACAGCUGGGAGGAGAAUGUGUUUGUAUAUGACCUGGUCAACAGCCGUAUACCUGGAAUUCCCACUGACAUCUGGAUAGGCCUCCAUGACAGGAGACAGGAGGGCACUCUGGAGUGGACAGAUGGAAGUAACUAUGAAUACAGUUACUGGGAUGGAAACCAGCCUGACGAUGGCAUCCACCGCAUCCCUCAGGAGGAAGACUGUGUGGAGAUCUGGUUUAGACAGAACAGUGCACUCAGGUCCUGGAACGACAACAGCUGUGACAAGACCUUUCCCUUUGUGUGCAAGAUCCCUACACUGGACAACUAGCUCCAUCUCUCUCGCCCCCCUCCUCCCUCAGACUGGAAUGGAAGAACACUGGCUUGUCCCUGGGGCUGUUCGUUACAGGCUGUGCACCGAUACGCUACAGUAUACAUGUAAGGCCGUUUGCUUGGAUUUGUUUUAUUUUCUGUCAGUAUUUCAAAGCACCUCUUUAUUAUUAUCCGUUGAUAGAAAUGUAUAAAUUUUUUUCCGGAUUUUUCCCUCUUUUUCUCCCCGAUUGUAUUCGGUCAAUUACCGCACUCUUCUGAGCCGCCCCCGUCACUGCUCCACCCCCUCUGCCGAUCCGGGGAGGGCUGCAGACUACCACAUGCCUCCUCCGAUACAUGUGGAGUCGCCAGCCGCUUCUUUUCACCUGACAGUGAGAAGUUUCACCAGGGGGACAUAGCGCGUGGGAGGAUCACGCCCCCCCAGUUCCCCCUCCCCCCGAACAUGCGCCCUGACUGACCAGAGGAGGUGCUAGUGCAGCGACAAGGACACAUACCCCCAUCCGGCUUCCCACCCACAGACACAGCCAAUUGUGCCUGUAGGGACACCCGACCAAGCCAGAGGUAACACAGGGAUUCGAGCUAGCGAUCCCCAUGUUGGUAUGCAAUGGAAUAGACUGCUAAGCUACCCGGGCGCCACUUAGCUUGUUUUAAAAGGACACUGAAUCAUGACAAAAAAACAAAUAAAACAUUAAACUCUACUUGAGCAAACCUUUCAUCGCAAUUUUACAAAUGUCACUCAAAGAAACCAAACAUCUCAAACAGAUGAGAGCAUCUCCUCCACAGACCAAGUUAGUGAGUUAGUAAAUCUGUCAGUAAAUCUUCAUCUUUACUGCUCUUUUCAGAGCACAGGUUUCUUUUUAAAAAUGCAGUAGGAUGAAAACACAGAGAGCAGAGGGGAAAACACAUCAAUCAAUCAAAAACAAGCUGAAAACAAAGCUUUCCUAAACUACAUUUUCAAGAGUUUCACUCAGAGUACAAGUCGAGCUAACGAUGUAUCUGAAACUUGCAAGCGAAAUAUGAAGAUAGAUGAUUAUAACAGUCAGACAUGGGUCGACCAAUCGAUAGAUGGAUGGAUAGAUAGCUAGCUAGCUAGCUAGAUAGAUAGAUAGACAGACUGGGUGAGUGAUUGUGGGCAACAGCAUUUGGACCCUGCAUGCUUAUUAAAGCAGCUCAGAUUGUUCAUGUGGCAUAUUGCUCAUAGUGUUAGACUGGUUGCCAGUACAGAUUGACCGGUCGGUGACCCAGAAGGUGUGAGGCUAAGGGGAACAGGAAUUACUAGACUCGACUCCUGGUAACCUGACCCAUGAAAUUAUCCUCCAAAACACAUAACAUACUGAACAAUUAAGGUGGCAUGAAAGUCAGUGAUGGGUCCAGCAUGACAUACUGCAGCUCACACACACAAGCUCAGUCUUGGUUGUUGACAAUCUGCAUUUUGCAUUUGCGCACUUGUGUGUUCCGCUUAUCUGUCAUCCACGAAAACAUUCCUCAGUCAGUAAUGCAUCUCGUUGCCCAUAUCCCCCACUUUCGCUAACGUCACCCCCCGCCCCCCUCUCCCACUUGCCUGGACUCGUCUGUGUAAGCAUGGAUUGUAUCUGGAACAGCACAUCCUAAACGGAUAUGCAAAUGCCCACACAGGAUCUCUGUUACUUGUUCUUUCCAUUACUAUAUUUUCUGACUUUAUAAUCUCGUCCUCUCUGCAAAUAUGUAUUAAGUGCCCGUAUGUACGUAUCUGUUUCUCUUGUCCACCCACUCUGUGACACAGACAUUCGCUCGGCCAGACCUGGAUGUAAAAGGUGGCCGAGUGUUUUGCUGAAGGGGUCUUAAUCAGGGGAUUAGUCCUGUAAUGACCCGGGUGCAGCACAGAGGAGGAACAGCUUAACUCCUCUGUAGGAAGUAGCGGCUCCAGGGCUGGCACAACACCACCACACUUCAUCAAAUCAAUGUGGGCCUGGAAGACUGUGAGGCCAAAUAACUAUUACAUAAAAGGUAGACUGUUUUAAGGUUUCCACUUUCGCAGUUGUCUGGGGAUACGGUUAAAAUGGACCGAGCCUUCUAACCCGUUCAUUUCACUUUUGUAAUAUCGCUGUCCUCUUUUUACACAGCCGAAAGUAACUUUUUUGCAAGUUUUGGGUAUUUUGCAACACUCUCCAUUGACUGGACGUUGAAAUCCUUUCCCCCGCCAUGCUUGUGUGUUUGUGCUUUGUUGCAAAAAAGUAUUCUCAGUUCGUCUGAUGAGGCUUGCCAUGUCAUUGAUUCAAAUGGCGUAUUUACCUGUGGGGUGGAGGGUGGGGGCGUGGGGCAAGCUCAUGUGGAAUCCAUUAAAAGGUUAGGUUGAGGGAGGGGUAACAGUUAGGUAGUCUUGUUUCACUUUUGAGUGGCGGGAUCAAAAGAAUCAAUUUAGGAUCCAAUGAAACGUUGUGUUUGUGCAGAGAUCGGCACCGGCAUUGCCACAUCAAUGUAUCACCAUGUAUCUCUAUACAAAAUGCAAAUACUUGUUCAUCAAAUCCACCAAAAUAAAGGACAAAAUACUGUCAAGAAAUAUAUUAAAUUAAACGUUUUAA